GAGCAGCGCGCGGGCCGGGGCCGGCAAGUUUGUCGCCGGAGUUCGGAGCCCGGAGCCCCCGCGGCCGCCGCGCCGGUGCCCUCCGCCUGGUCGCGAUGGAGCUGCCCGCGGUGAACCUGAAGGUGAUUCUCCUGGGUCACUGGCUGCUGACAACCUGGGGCUGCAUCGUGUUCUCAGGCUCCUACGCCUGGGCCAACUUCUCCAUCCUGGCCUUGGGCGUGUGGGCCAUGGCGCAGCGGGACUCCGUGGACGCCAUAAGCAUGUUUCUUGGUGGCUUGCUGGCCACCAUCUUCCUGGACAUCGUGUACAUCAGUAUCUUCUACCCACGGGUCGGCCUCACGGACACGGGGCGCUUCGGGGCUGGCAUGGCCAUCCUCAGCCUGCUGCUCAAGCCCUUCUCCUGCUGCUUCGUCUACCAGAUGUACCGGGAGCGUGGGGGUGAGCUCCAGAUCCACACUGGCUUCCUUGGACCUUCUCAGGAUCGCAGCGCCUACCAGACAAUUGACUCUGCAGAGGCGCCCGUGGACCCCUUUGCAAGCCCAGAGGACAGGGGGCAAACCGCCCGAGGGUACUGAAGCCAGCCCUGCUGUGCCUGGCCCCAGCCUGGGCGCCGUCGCCUUCCUCGUGCCUGGGAGGUGGUUCCAGGGAUGCUCCUGGCCUCCCUUUCUUGGACCUAAGAUGGAACAUGUCCUCCCAUUCCCCAUCUCAGGGGUUGCCUGAGUCAAGUGCCCCAGGAGGCCAGGAGCCCCGUGGGCCCCCAGCGCUGUGCACACUCCUGUCCCAAACUCCCUGAGGCCUCCCCUCGCUUCAAGGCACCCAUCGGUCCCCAGGCUGGAACCAUGGUCUCUUUCUUCACUCCCACCCAGCAGCUGCACCACGGAGGCCCAGUGAUGCCCUCUCGGCUCCCCCCAGAUUGUCGCGCCCUCCUGCAGGAGCUCUGAGAGCUUUCGGCCGUGCUUGGCCCCAGGAGCAGUUGGACAUGGGAGUGAGGUCCCCAUGCUUCUCACUGCCUGGUCACUUGGUGCCUGGGGACCCUGGGGCUGGAGGCGGGAGGUCUCUGCAGCUCCACGACCCACCACAGCCUCCAGCUGCCCUUCUGGGGCCACGGCAUUAAAGAUGGCAUUAAAGCUUGGGGGAUUCUGUA